GAGAUUACUAACUACGCGCUAGCCUUCUGAUUCGUGUAAUUUACCCUCAAAUCACUUAUCAAACUUUUAUAACGAUUGGUUAGAUGUAACACGUAACCGCACCUUAGGUACACUUGGUGCUUCGUGACAGUUCCAGGAGUGAACACGGAUAGGACCAUUUCAAUGCAGAUCUAUAUCUUCACAUUGGUUUCUAUUUUCAAGAUCCAUCUGUUCUACGGACUCCAAUCAUUUUGCGAUAUCUUACUGGCUAGAAUGUAUGUGGGCGUUUCUGCUGUUGAAAUGACGGUGGUGUGUCGGAUGGGAUUUAAAGGGGCCGCGGAAAUCCUCUGCGCUUGCCGCGAAUGUUAUUGAAAGCAUAAACAAAAAUAAAACUAAAAGGAUCACCAUGGCUAACAGUUUCACCCAAGAAUAUCUACAGAUUCCUGCCGUCACCAGAGCGUAUACAACAGCCUGUGUUCUCACCACUGCCGCGGUGCAGCUGGAGUUAAUCACCCCUUUUCAGCUAUAUUUCAAUCCUGACCUGAUUAUAAAAAGAUACCAGAUAUGGCGCCUGGUAACCAACUUCCUCUUUUUCGGCCCGCUUGGAUUCAGUUUCAUGUUCAACAUGAUUUUUCUAUAUCGAUACUGCCGCAUGCUGGAGGAGGGGUCUUUCCGGGGUCGGACUGCAGACUUUGUCUUCAUGUUUCUGUUUGGCGGGGUGCUCAUGACCCUCUUCGGCCUCUUUGCCAAUUUGUUUUUCCUGGGUCAGGCGUUUACCAUCAUGCUGGUGUAUGUGUGGAGCCGGCGAAACCCCUACGUUCGAAUGAACUUUUUUGGCCUGCUCAACUUCCAGGCACCCUUCCUGCCCUGGGUUCUCAUGGGAUUCUCACUGUUGCUAGGCAACUCCAUUGUUAUUGACCUCUUAGGCAUUGGUGUGGGGCACAUGUACUUCUUUUUAGAAGAUAUCUUCCCAAACCAGCCGGGUGGGAGGAAGCUUCUAAUGACUCCAGGUGUUUUGAGAGCCCUCUUUGACACUCCAGAGGAGGACCCGGCUUACUCCCCUCUCCCAGAGGAUCAGGCGGGGGAGUCCUGGCAGGGGGCCAGCGAUGAAGAGGAGCUCCAUCCGGGUCAGGACGAGAGACACGACCACCAAAAUGAACCCCAGGACCCUGACGAGCAGCAUCGGUAGGACGCCUGCGGCCCAGAAGAGUCUGGAGAGCAUGGACGGUUGUCUUCAUCGCAUUCGUGUGCAUUGUGGGUUGCUUUGAGUGGACGGGUCAUCUCCUCAACAGCCCAACCCCCAUCUUUUACCCAAGGUCCUCAAGCAGAACUAGUGAGUUCUAUAAUCCCCACUGUACUGCUGUUAAAUUAUUUGUAUCAAGGCAGACACGUGAAAAGACAAAUGACUAAUGCCAUAAUAUAUUGCCCAGGGGACAGUCAAAAAUUGUUUUCCAUUCCUUUGUAGGUUCAUUUUGUUGCUGUAACUACAUGGGUGUGGUUCUGAAUAGCUUUUCAAAUGUCACAAAUCCACAUUUGAUGGCUGGUCAUUCAUUUGUUUUUCAUUUUUUUUUUUGUGCUGACACAUCAGUAGUUAGAUCAAAGUUAAAUAAUGCAACUACUGAUCAAAGCAAAGCAAAGCAAAGCAAAGCAACAAUGGCAGGAAAAUGCACUUUUCUCAUUGUUUUAUUUCCAAAUACUUAAAAAAUUUUUUUAGGAGAUUGGCUUUUUAUAGUUACUUAAUGAAAUAAAUUUGAGCAAUUGAUAACAUAGAUGGAACUUUCAGUCCACAGGAGUGUGAAAUUGGGGUGGCCAACUAGUGAUAGUGAUAUUAUAUAAACCCUACAGUACAUUGGAUACUGUAUGUCCCCCUGGCUGACAGACCUUAUCUGUCUGGUUAUUGAAGUCCCAGCCCUUGUGUUGGAGGCUGAGCAAUCAGCAGACAUGCUGCUUUCCCUUCCAACUGGGCUGUCAGUAUUAAUUAGGCUUCAUUGAGCUGUUAACUGAAUAUAAAUAUGGGUUUGACCUGAAUCCGUAGUUCAUGGUAAAAUACCCCUCCAGAUGUAUUUUAAAACCUUAAAAAACAUUCUAUAUUGAAUAAUAAUUUGUUUAUUAUGGUUUUUCCUCCCAAAAUGUUCAAUAAACAACUGAAAAUGGCUUAGUAGGUUCUCUA